UUAUUAUUCUGCCAUGUAAUUAACAAGUAAUUUACUUUAAUCCCAUUAAUUACUUGGCUAUUUCUAAUAUGUAUUGUCUAAUUAUAAAUGUAGGAUAUGAUUGGCAUACUUUAAAUGGACUUAUGGCUGAUAAUUUAAAUAAAAAGAUCAAAGCUGGAUAAGCAUGAAUGAUUUGUCUCAACAGCUAUAGACAUCUUAUUUUGUGAGCACUGUAUUGCAGUUAGAACUUAUUCAUUAUUUAUUUCCGAAAUUAUUAAUUUUCUACUUGUCCCUAAACUUCAUGCUUCAGGGGUAGUUUGCUUAUGCUUAUUGGACUGUACAACCUUUAUUAAGACAAAAUUAAUUUAGCUAAAACUGUUAAUAACGGCGACAUAAAAAUAUAUUCAUAUAUUUCAUUUUCUACCAUUAUCCAGAAUAAUAUCAGACAAUAUAUGUCCAUAUAAUACAGUCGGUAUCUUUAAUUGUAUGUUAAAAAACUUGAAGCUAAUUGUCAUAUAUGACAAUAUCGCCUGUUAAUUUUUUUUUUAAUGUAGCGUUUUCGUAUAAUCAAUUUGAUGGUUCCUAGGUGUAACAUAAUUAUUUAAAAUAAAUGAUAAAAUUUUAACGAAUAAGGUUUAAAAUGGAGUGGCCGUGGUUAAAGAAUUGGUGGAGGCUCAAAAAAUGGCGCAAGAACAAAGGGCGAAAUGGAAACGAAAACUAUUUAGAAUGUUUUUGUGAUGAUUGUUUUUCUGGAGAUUUGGAAUUAUGCGAUUCCAGCGACACCAGUAUUUCUCACCACGACAUGGAAGAAAAUGGGAAGCAAGUUGUCGUGGGGGUGUGUGCAAUGGCAAAAAAAUCUCAGAGCAAACCCAUGAAAGAGAUUCUCACACGUCUACAGGAAUUUGAGUAUAUAAAAGUCACGGUUUUUCCCGAAGACGUUAUCUUAGAGAAAACUGUCGACGAAUGGCCUGUAUGUGAUUGUUUGAUAUCGUUCCAUUCUAAAGGGUUUCCCCUAGACAAGGCCAUACAAUAUGCUUCAUUACACAACCCGUAUGUUAUCAACAAUUUACAUAUGCAAUACGAUAUUCAAGAUAGAAGAAAAGUAUAUGCAAUACUAGAGUCGGAGGGGAUCGAAAUUCCAAGAUAUGCAGUGUUAGAUAGGGAUAGUCCUAAUCCAAAAGAUCAUGAGCUUAUCGAGUCGGAGGAUCACGUCGAAGUUAAUGGUGUCGUGUUCAAUAAACCUUUUGUUGAGAAACCGGUUUCAGCAGAAGACCACAACAUUUAUAUCUAUUACCCAACGUCAGCCGGUGGAGGCAGCCAAAGGCUCUUUCGAAAGUUUUUUAAUAAGAUCGGCAGCCGGAGCAGUGUCUACUCUCCCGAGUCUCGGGUGAGAAAAACUGGAAGUUAUAUAUACGAAGAUUUCAUGCCAACCGAUGGGACUGAUGUAAAGGUGUAUACUGUGGGCCCCGAUUAUGCACAUGCAGAAGCGAGAAAGUCUCCUGCCUUGGAUGGAAAGGUAGAAAGGGAUAGAGAAGGUAAAGAAAUACGAUAUCCGGUUAUUUUGAGUAACGUAGAGAAGCUUAUAUCAAGAAAAGUUUGUUUAGCGUUUAAACAAGCUGUUUGUGGAUUCGAUUUGCUUAGGGCCAACGGUAAAUCAUUCGUGUGUGACGUUAACGGUUUCAGUUUCGUAAAGAAUUCGAAUAAAUAUUACGAUGAUUGCGCGAAAAUUUUGGGUAAUAUGAUCUUGAGAGAGUUGGCCCCGACAUUACAUAUUCCAUGGUCUGUACCAUUUCAACUCGACGAUCCUCCUAUAGUUCCUACCACGUUCGGCAAAAUGAUGGAGCUAAGAUGUGUGGUUGCAGUUAUUCGACAUGGAGAUCGGACACCCAAACAAAAAAUGAAGGUUGAAGUCCGACAUCCGAAAUUUUUCGAAAUUUUCGAGAAGUAUGAUGGAUAUAAACAGGGUCACGUAAAGUUAAAAAGACCUAAGCAAUUGCAAGAAAUCUUAGACAUAGCUCGAUCUCUACUUGCGGAAAUACAACAGCACGAAGCUGAUCCAGAAAUCGAAGAAAAACAGGGAAAACUGGAACAACUCAAAAGUGUUUUGGAAAUGUACGGACAUUUUUCGGGAAUAAAUCGCAAAGUUCAGAUGAAAUAUCAGCCAAAAGGUCGACCUAGAGGAUCUAGUUCGGAAGAUGGUAAAAAGAACAUUAUAGAUGCUCCAUCAGAACCGUCGCUAGUAUUAAUAUUGAAAUGGGGAGGGGAACUUACUCCAGCUGGGCGUAUUCAAGCCGAAGAAUUGGGACGGAUUUUUCGUUGCAUGUACCCAGGGGGACAAGGUAGACACUUGGCGGGUGAAUAUGCAGGUGCACAGGGAUUAGGACUUUUACGAUUACAUUCGACGUUUCGUCACGAUUUGAAGAUAUACGCAUCAGAUGAGGGGCGAGUUCAAAUGACAGCGGCAGCAUUUGCUAAAGGUCUAUUAGCCCUCGAAGGUGAACUUACCCCAAUUCUUGUACAAAUGGUCAAAAGUGCAAACACAAACGGAUUACUAGAUAAUGACUGUGACAGCAGCAAAUAUCAAAACAUGUGCAAAUCUCGUUUACACGAACUUAUGCAGUUAGAUAGGGAGUUUUCGCCGGAAGAAAAGGAAAAAAUUAAUCCAUGCCAAUCGAUCAGCAUUAACACCGCUUUAGAUUAUGUCAAAAAUCCCGUUAAAUGUUGCCGACAGGUCCAUGAACUUAUCAAAACUCUUUUAGAUGUAGUGCGAAUUAAAAGGGACGAUCCAAAAACAAAAGAUACAAUUCUUUAUCAUGGAGAAACUUGGGAACUAAUGGGUCGAAGGUGGGGAAAGAUCGAAAAAGAUUUCUGUACUAAAAGUAAACGUUUCGACAUCAGCAAAAUACCAGACAUCUACGACUGUAUCAAAUACGAUUUGCAACAUAAUCAGCACACUUUACAGUUUGAACAGGCUGAAGAACUUUAUUUGUAUGCAAAGUAUCUGGCUGACAUCGUUAUACCACAAGAAUAUGGUCUAACAGUACAAGAGAAACUGACCAUCGGCCAGGGAAUUUGUACCCCCUUGUUAAAAAAGAUUAAGGCAGAUCUUCAAAGAAAUAUUGAAGAAUCUGAAGAGACGGUCAAUAGAUUAAACCCACGUUAUUCACACGGUGUUUCGAGUCCUGGAAGACACGUCCGUACCCGACUUUAUUUCACCAGCGAAAGUCACGUCCAUUCUCUGAUAACGUGCUUGAGAUAUGGCGGUUUACUUGAUGUGAAAAAAGACGAGCAAUGGAGGAGAGCAAUGGAAUAUAUUUCGAUGGUUUCCGAAUUAAAUUACAUGUCGCAGGUCGUGAUAAUGCUUUAUGAAGAUCCUACGAAGGACCCCUGCAGCGAAGAACGUUUCCAUGUCGAAUUACAUUUUAGUCCGGGCGUUAAUUGCUGCGUGCAAAAGAAUUUACCACCAGGACCAGGAUUUCGUCCGCAUUCCCGAAAUGACUCUUCAGCAACCAGCAAAAACAAUUCAACAACAUCUGCUACGGAAAAUCCCGAAGAAAGUAAAUGUUCAUCUAGAAUUGAAGAAGAGACUGUAGAAGACACUUCGUCAAAUAAAAAUACAGACAGGGGUUUAGAUUUUUCACCCCCGGAUUCACCAGAUUACGAAUACUCCCCCAAAAGUUUUAAAACAAGUAAUCCUAUUCCAAUAGGGUCAGCCCAUACCGUAAGCGGUCAUGAAGCAAUGCAUUUGGCAAAACAAUUAAAUGAAGAACUGGCACAACAAAAGGAGAGUCGAAGUCUGGGAUCGAACAGGGCUUCUAGCCCUGAACCACGUUCGAAAAGCUACGAAAACAAAAACACUCAAACAAAGGACAGAGAAAGUCCUAGCGACGAUACUGAUCUUUCUGUUACACCUACCAACACUGUUUUCCAUCCUGCUUUAUCUUGCAGUCCAAUUAAUCUCGAAAAAGAUAUUAAAGCGGUUCAAAAUUAUGUUUUCAAACCUAUAAUAGGAGGUGUCCGCUCAGUUAAUCAACAAACAGGUCUUAGUCCCAUAUCGGGAUCGUUUGAGUAUGAUCAACAGAGUGAACACUCGUUAGAAUCUCCAUUGAGUUUUAAGGCCGAAUAUGACGAUAGAAGACAUUCAUUGCCUGAUAAUAAUGAAACUAAAAUGCCUUUAACAGUUACGAAUUUACAAUUAUUUACAUCCGAAUUAAGCCAAGUAAACAUCGAAAAACAAAAUAAUAACGUUUCAAACUUCCUAAAACAAAGCACUGUUGAUACGCAUACUGACGAUACUUCGUUAGAAGUUAAUUGGGAGUCGGACGAUACGUUCUCUAAAGACCACAGAGAAGAUCAGCGGAUCAAGUCGUUUUCGAAACCAAAGAAAGAUAAACAAACCAUUCGGUCGUUUUCCGAUCCGAACAUUUUAGAUAUAGAUGACGCAAAACCGAAGAAAGAAAUUUGUCUUUUAGAAAAACUAAACGAAACGUUGUUUAGAGAUUCGGAAAAUGUCCCAUCCGACUUUGAACAGUUAAAGGGUUCGAAUAAAACUGACGAUGCAAAAAAUGUUCCGUUUCAAUUUGGUAGCUUGCCAUCUACUUCCGCUUCUACUAACACCAUCCAUCAACCUGCGCCUGUUACCUGCACCCAUUGCUGCUUUUGUAACAUUAAUCGCAAUCCUCCCAAUCUCCUUUCGUUCUUCACGUCACCUCCCAAGGUUCUAACGACUUCUCGCUCAUUCUCGCACCCGGUCCCUUUUGUAACGGUCCCUACUACCGAUUUAGAGGCCAGCUGCAGUGUCCGACGCCAUCGUCACAGCAUUGCUGGACAGAUGAGCUACUUCAAGAUGUUAGGAUUUAGUUGUGGCGGCACCUUUAAAAAAUUAACUGGAGGUAGUGCCAAUUCCCUGUUUUCCACGGCUGUUAUUUCUGGCAGUUCGAGCGCGCCCAAUCUUAGAGAUAUGAUUCCUAGUACCGCAAGUGCUUCCGCUAUAGAAGGCAUUGGGGGAGUCCCUCCAAUACGUCCUUUAGAAACGUUACACAACGCUUUAAGUUUACGACAAAUUGAUAGUUUCCUGGAAGAAAUGACGGCGGUGCCCCUAUUUAAAACGCCUUCGUCGACUCCGCCCAAGUACCCUUCUACUCCUAUACCGACGCCGACCAGUCUGGUACAAUCGACGUCAGCACCGGGUUGUAGUGGCGUCUCACAACAACCCCUUCCGUUAAAGCUUCAGUCGCCUAAUAAUAGUAUAGGUUGGAGUGGUCCCCCUAGUUUGAUUUCGAGCAACAGCGGUCCGUCAUCUCCUGCUGUUUCUGAGCAAUAUCCAACAUCGAAAGAGAGUAGUGAAAUGUCGUCUAGUAUUAUCAGCACCGACGGGGUUUUUUCGGAUAAUAUGACAGAAAUAUAUCCUAGUUUUUCCGAAUUGGAUCAAAAUUUAGGUAAAUUACUUCACAGAGACGAUAGAAGCUCCGUGGAACUUAGCGAAAUAUUUCAGCAAUUUCAACAGAUACAUUCACCUAAAGAUAAAGAUGGCAGCGGAGAACUCACUCCAAUUUCAGGAGGGUCUGAUAUUGAGUUCAACACUAACGAUGCAACGGCGGGUUCUACUGCAGAUAUCGAUUUAACUGUAACCGAAGACAUUGUAGACGAUUGUUCAUCAAACAAGAAAGAGAGUAGUUAUCUAAUUGAGAAAGAAACGCCAUUCCAGCUAGAUAUGAAUUAUAGUUCAGCUGCUAACGCAUCUACUACUUUAGGAAAUAUUUUGACAACAGACGAUGUUCUGUAUGAUAAAAAUACGAUUUCACAUCUAGACCAGCUCCAAACUGACGACACAAAUCUUGGAAGUGAAUUACAUCACAUAACGCACACUAGUUCUUGUAAUGACGGUAUUUCUUUAAAUUAUUCUAUAAAGAUAAAACAUACGAAUCCCUUGCGAAUUUCGAGGACUUCUAAAAGUUUUCACGGGAAAACAACUGCUAAAGAAGAAAACGACAGCAAUGAACAACUUCGAAGAGCCAGUGAAGAAUGUUUGAGUGGCGAAGAUAAAGAAAUGGCAACUGUGAUAGAUAAGGCUCCAAAAAAGACAAGUCGAAGGCAUAGUGAUACUGGUAAAGUUAAAAUUAUGAAUCAGAAGGGUUGCGUAAGGUCGUCAACGACCGAAAAUUUGCCAAUUAAACCUCGAUUCACAAUGACACUUGUUGAUGAAGCAGACCAUGCUGCCACGAUGGGUUCCCCUUCGACAAACAAUUAACUGUUGAUUUUAAUUAAACAAGAAAGCAUAUCUAAUUGAAUAUUCAUAAUAGUUAAUGUUGUUGUAUUAAAAAUAAAUCGUUCUUUAAUUUAGUA